AUGCCCGGCGCGACCGAGCGAAAUAGGAGCCUGGAAUUUGUCGUGAGCGAAAAGAUCAAUCUAAGCUCGAAGCUCAGUUCGACGCUCUAUUCCCAGCAAAGUAAAGAUGAGAAGGCUCUCGGCCGCGUUGCAAAUGAAUGCAAGAUUCUAGCCGACCAAAUUCUCGAUCCUCUGCAGAAGCUCAAAGCGAAAGAUCCCGGUUCCACCCUCCCGGCCGUUUGGGCUGCACUGAAGAAUCAGAAAUAUAAAAGACAAAGGUUGGAGUUGGAAGGAAGACUGGAGAGCUGUCGAAACAACCUUGAAUUUCAACUGAGCUUUUUAGCCAGGUUGUACACUUUCCACCUCUCAUUGGGCAGAAGUGUUGGGACAAAGGGCAGACUGGAUACAUUACUUACCUCUGCAGAAGGUCUCCCUGAGAAACUUGGGAUACUUCACAAGCUUGUUGAACAACUUCGCCGCGGUACUAGGGUUACAUCCAUUAGCCGUGAAGCCCAAGAACAACUCCGGGAACUCCUGCAUUUUACAGAAGAAGGUCUCCAGAAAAUCAAACAGCAACGUGUUUUAGAGAGUCUAGCCUACGCCGACCUGGACACAAGAUUCGAACAUAUCUCCGAAGAACAUAGCAAAUCCUUUGAAUGGAUUUUUGAAGACACCACCCAGGCAGGCAGCUUGAAUGGCGACACUUCCAGCGAAGAGUCGUUUCUACAUUGGUUGUCAGCCGGAAGAGGUAUCUUUCACAUAUCCGGAAAACUAGGGUCAGGGAAAAGCACAUUGAUGAAGUUUCUGUGCAACCAUCCUCACACCGAAACCGAACUACAACACUGGGCAGCUACGUUACAACCCGCGAGCGAAUUACACAGCCGCAUUAGUUCCGAAAUAGCCAAACUAACAAGUUCCGACAGGCGGCAGAAAACUAAUAUUUGCAAAGGUUUUCUUCUGGAGGGGUUCUUAAACAGUAAAACAAAAUCCCCUAAUUGGCCUUGUCCGGGGUCUCUAUGA